AUGAGUAAUGCUGUUAGAGUCAACUACAUGUACGCCCCCGAGCUGUUCCCGACGGAGUCUCGCGCGAGGGGCUUCGCCUUCGUGCAGCUCGUCGGCAGCAUCGGGACCAUCUGCGUGCCCUUCAUCACGGACGUCGUGUCCUCCUACGCGUGGUGGGCCUCCAGCGCGGUGUUCGGGUGCGCGGGGAUCCUGGGCAGCCUCCUGGUAUACUUCCUGCCCGAGACGAAGGACCUGCCCCUCCCGGAGACGCUGCAGGACGUGAAUUCCCGCUGGAGGAAGAACAUCCGCAGGGCAAGUCGAGGAUCUACGAACUCGGCGUUUGUGAUGGAUGUGGAAGCCGUUCGCCAAGUGAAAAAAUCUUAGAACGAUCGAAAUAUCUUUUAAUUCUUGUAGCUCCGUCCAGCGCGUUUGUUCGUUCAUCUCCAUUUUUUUUUUUAUAGGCAGUGAAUAUUGUGAAUAUGUAGAUUCCAUGUGGUUCAUAUAUUUGUAUUUCUGGUGUGUUUGUUUUUGUAUGUUUUACAUGUUUGAGCCAUCGCUCGAGUGCCUGUUGUUUUAUUUCUGUAUUUAUAUA